GGCGCGGCGGAGGUGGCGGCGGCCGGCAGCGCGGUGAAACGGGAGGCGGAGGAAGCUGUGACGUGGCCGGAGGGCACGCCUGCGCCCUACCUGGUCAUCGCGCGCGCCUUCGCGGCCAUGGAGUCCACCACCAAGCGGCUCGCCAAGGACAACAUCAUGGCUGAGAUGUUCCGCGGCAUCCUGCGCUGCUCGCCAGGUGACGUGGUGGCAGCGGCAUACCUGACGAUGGGCAAGAUAGCGCCGGAGCAUGAGGGAACAGAGCUGAACGUGGGCGGCAGCAUCAUCUCGACAGCCAUCCGCGAGGCCACAGGCGUCUCCAGGCAGAAGCUUCAUGCGCUGUACAAUGAGCUCGGCGACCCUGGGGACGUAGCUGAGGCCUGUCGCCACACCCAGACAAUGCUGAUACAGCCGGCUCCGCUCACGGUGAGAGGCGUAUUCAAGAGCCUGCAUAGCAUGGCGCAGCAGAAGGGCGCUGGCGCCACAGCCCGGCGCAGGCAGACCAUCCUGCACCUGCUCCGCAGCUGCAGGGACUGCGAGACGCGGUACCUGGUGCGCACGCUGGUGCAGAACCUGCGGGUGGGCGCCAACUGGCGCUCCGUCAUUGGCUCGCUCGCGCGCGCAGUGCUAUUGGAGAGCGAGGCCAACCGGCCGGCCAAGGCGCGCCUGGACGCGGCCGCCACGGCAGCUGUGGAGGCGUUCCAUGUCUGCCCCAGCCUCGACAUCCUGGUGGCAGCCAUGCUGGAGCCUGGCGGCGUGGAGAACCUUGAUACGCGCAUCUCCCUCACCCCCGGUGUCCCACUGAAGCCCAUGCUGGCUUCCAUCACGGAGGGAGUGGCUGACGCCAUCCAGCAGCUGCAGGGGCAGCACUUUCUGGCCGAAUACAAGUAUGACGGCAUCAGGGCGCAGAUACAUUUGCACAAGAAUGGGGAUGUGCGGAUCUUCUCCAGAAACUGCGAGGAGCGGACCAGCAGCUUCCCUGAUGUGGCGGACGCUGUGCGCAGUGCUGCUGCUGGUGGGUGCAAGGAGGUGGUCCUGGAUGCAGAGCUGGUGGCUGUGGACCGAGAGAAAGCCAAUGAGCUAAAGAGCUUCCAAGAACUCUCAACCAGGGCGCGAGGGGCCAUCACAUCUCUCGAGGUCAAGGUGCCAGUCUGCGUGUUUGCCUUCGACUGCCUCUACGUGGACGGCGAGUCGCUGCUGAAGCAGCCGCUGCAGGAACGCCGCAAGCGCCUGGCCGCCGCGUUGCCCAGCCUGCGCCCCGGCUUCGUCUGCCUCGCGCAGUCGCAUGCCGGCACGGAGGCGCUGAUCCGGGAGCACUUGCAGGACGCGCUGGCCGCCGGCACGGAGGGGCUCAUGCUCAAGGCGCUGACCGGCCCUUCGGCCACUUACCAGCCCUCCAAACGCAGCAACUCCUGGCUCAAGAUCAAGCGGGACUACUGCGAAGAGUUGAGGGAUUCGUUGGAUCUGGUGCCGAUCGGGGCGUGGCACGGCAAUGGACGCAAGGUGGGCUGGUACUCGCCCUUCCUGCUGGCAGCCUGGGACCCCGAUGCCGAAGAGUUCCAGACUGUCUGCCGCUGCAUGUCCGGCUUCUCCGACGCCUUCUACGCCCAGGCGCGGCCCGGGAUGAUGCACCCUCAUGCAAUGCUCAUCUCUUUUCACCGCAUAGAGGGCCCAAGGCCUUACUACAGCACCAACGAGCGCCCCAGCGUCUGGUUUGAGCCGACAGAGGUGUGGGAGCUGCGCGGAGCAGACCUCACUCUCUCAGCCGUGCACAAGGCCGCCUUCGGGCUCAUUCACCCCACUCGCGGCGUAUCUCUCAGGUUUCCACGCUUUGUGCGGUUGAGAGAUGACAAGCGUCCCGAGGAGGCCAGCACCCCAGAAGUCAUCAGGUGCCAUAUUUUACCGCACCGCCUCAUUAUUGUGUUUAUGCUGUGA